GUUCGCAACGCAGCCGGAGAGGUGGGGCUCAGAGAGACCGGAAGCUCUGGUUACCGUGGCAACGAAAUAUCCGGGCCCUUCGCGCCGCGGAGCGAUUACUUCCGGGAUGGCUGGUCACCUAGGCAACGGGCAGCUGGUGGAGGCUUGCUAGGAGCCGAGACGCCAUGGCGGAGGUGACAGCCCGGCCGACUGCAUCCCAGCCAGCAGCAACAGAACUUCCCAAAGCCAGAUCAGGAAGAGUGCCUGACCUUCCCAUUCUGGAGAAAAGGAACUGGCUGAUCCACUUGUACUACGUCCGCAAAGAUUAUGAUGCAUGUAAGAUUACUAUAAAAGAGCAACUGCAGGAGACCCAAGGAAUGUGUGAGUACGCAGUCUACGUUCAAGCUUUGAUCUUUCGCUUGGAAGGGAAAAUUCAUGAAUCUCUGGAGCUUUUCCAGACUUGUGCUAUUCUGAGGCCUCGAUGUGCAGACAACCUCAAGCAGGUGGCCCGGUCCCUGUUUCUUCUGGGCAAACACAAAGCAGCUGUUGAAGUCUACAGCGAUGCAGCUCAGCACAACCAGAAGGACUGGGAAAUCUUCCAUAACUUGGGAGUGUGCUACAUGCAGCUGAAAUAUUUCAACAAGGCAAAAGAUCAACUAAACAACGCCUUGCAGCUCAACCGACAUGACCUGACAUACAUAAUGCUGGGGAAAAUCUACCUGAUGGAGGGAGAUAGAGACAAAGCCAUUGAAGUCUACAAAAAGGCAGUGGAAUUCUCUCCUGAAAACACAGAGCUCCUUACAACUCUGGGCUUACUUUACCUUGAGCUUGAAAUUUAUCAGAAAGCCUUUGAGUACCUUGGGAAUGCACUCACAUAUGACCCCUGCAACUAUAAGGCCAUCUUGGCAGCUGGCAGUAUGAUGCAAACACACGGGGACUUUGAUGUUGCUCUCAGCAAGUACCGAAUAGUUGCUUGUGCUGUUCCUGAGAGCCCUCCGCUUUGGAACAACAUCGCGAUGUGCUUUUUUGGCAAAAAGAAAUAUGUAGCGGCCAUCAGCUGCCUGAAACGGGCAAACUACCUUGCACCCUUUGACUGGAAGAUCCUGUACAAUCUUGGGCUGGUCCAUCUGACAAUGCAUCAGUAUGCUUCUGCCUUCCACUUCAUCAGUGCAGCUGUCCAUCUCCAGCCAAAGUUGGCAGAACUUUACAUGUUGUUAGCAGUUGCCCUGACAAAUCUUGAAGAUGCUGAAAAUGCCAGGCUAGCCUAUCAGAAAGCUUCAGCACUGGACACAUGCAACCCUCUCAUAAGUCUGAAUUAUGCAAUACUGCUGUACAAUCAAGGAGAUAAGAAGGGGGCUGUUCUUCAGUACUAUGAGAUGAAAAGAAAGGUCCAUGCGUUAAAAGAAAGCACACUGGAAUUUGAUCCUGAGAUGGUGGAUAUAGCCCAGAAACUGGGCACUGCCUUACAGCUUGGAGAAGUUGCAAUCUGGGCUAAACCUGGUAAAGACUCAAAGUCAAAGCCAAGAGGGACAGCAUCCAGCACACAGCCAUUGGGUUCUAAUCAAGCUCUGGGACAGGCGAUGUCUUCUGCAGCUGGGUAUGCAAAGACCAUGAGUCAAGCUAUUGGAAGUUCAACUCAGCUGGCAAAGGUUCCUUCCCUACCAUUGGAGCCUAAACCCAAUGAGCCUACUGCUGAGGAACUUACAAUAAAACGGCAGGAGCAAAUUCAGCCCAUUGAACAAGCCAAGGAAUCUUGAAGAGAUGGCCAACUUGGACAGCUUGUAGAGUGGUGUAUUCAUCCUAUUGGAUGCAUAGGGACAAGGUGCAUUUAGUAUCCUACAAACUUUGCACCAGACCAAAGAGCGCAACAGCCCUCUUGCACACAAUUAGCUGAUGAGAUGCUUGGAAAUUGUGUUGUUUCCUUAACAUUCCACACGUAGGCUAAUUAAAGAUGCCGUCAAGAUAGAGACAAGGUUUGAGUAGCUUUUCCUGGAAGCAAUUGGACCUUCACAACAGGAAGAGAAGUGAGUCUAUUAUAUUACGUUUUGACUAAGGACAGCACCAUCGGAGGGACGCCUCUAGAUUUUGAGAUUAUAGCCCUUCCUAUUCUAGUAUUUUUCUAGUGGUGCUGAGUUACUGUUGGGUAGCAUUUCUGAACCUAUCACCUAACUGUUCUGUUGAAUGGUAACGAGAAGUACCCACUUGUAUAUUCCUCAAACAAGUAACUUGUUUAAGAUUGUCAAACUUGGGUAGAAUCCAGCUGCUUUUGCUGCAAAUGCUUUCAUAGGACUUCUGCGUUUCCUGCCACUUCUUUGGAACCCAGUGGGACCACUUAAGUGACUGAGGAACAGAUUCUUCCCUCCUUCACCAACUACUUCAUGGUGGAAUUUACUUACAGACAACAUAGUAGAAAAGUACAUAUAUUGGAUGGGCUAAGUUUUUUUGUAUAAAUAAAGAAGUAAUGAA